UCCACUUGGCACCAUGCAGCUCUCGCUAGCCCUGUGUCUUGUCUUCCUGCUUGUACAUGCAGCCUUCUGUGCUGUGGAGGGUCAGGGGUGGCAAGCCUUCAAGAAUGAUGCCACCGAAAUCAUCCCUGGGCUCAGAGAGUACCCUGAGCCUCCCCAGGAGCUGGAGAACAACCAGACCAUGAACCGGGCAGAGAAUGGAGGGAGACCUCCCCACCAUCCCUAUGACACCAAAGACGUGUCCGAAUACAGUUGCCGCGAGCUGCACUACACCCGUUUCGUGACAGACGGCCCGUGUCGCAGCGCCAAGCCGGUCACCGAGCUGGUGUGUUCGGGCCAGUGUGGCCCCGCGCGCCUGCUGCCCAACGCCAUCGGCCGCGUGAAGUGGUGGCGCCCGAACGGACCCGACUUCCGCUGCAUCCCGGACCGCUACCGCGCGCAGCGGGUGCAGUUGUUGUGUCCCGGGGGCGCCGCGCCGCGCGCACGCAAGGUGCGCCUGGUGGCCUCCUGCAAGUGCAAGCGCCUCACCCGCUUCCACAACCAGUCGGAGCUCAAGGACUUCGGACCGGAGACUGCACGGCCGCAGAAGGGUCGCAAGCCAAGGCCUCGCGCCCGGGGCGCCAAAGCCAACCAAGCGGAGCUGGAGAACGCGUACUAGAGCGCUCCCGCGCCCACGCUGCCCCCGCACGAUCCGACUCGUUUUCAUUGUAAAGCCUGUAGCUCAGGCCAGGGGCGCCAAACCUUCCAGGCCAUGUGGAGUCCCCAGCCGGUAGAGUCCCCUUGCCCUCCUGCCCGUUGCGGGAGUUCCCGCAGGCCUGGAGAGGGAGCUGAGUCACAGACACUGAGCCACUCUGCCCAGCCAGGGGCGGUGGGGGGAAGGGGGGCUCCUACGGUCGUCAGUCCCCUACAGAACACGGUAGCAUUUUCACCGUAAAGGGAGCAGAGUGUGAAAGGAUCUGGGACUGGUUUACAGAGGUACAGUUAAGUUUCCCCAUCCCACUGUAAAGUCCGUGUGUGCAAGAUCGCAGGACUGGAUAGGAUUUCUGGCCCUGGCUUGGCCACUGAGUGUGAGGUUGGGCUACGGGGUUCUCUUUUGGUACCUCGGUGUCUGCUUUGUAAAAUAUGGGUCACGGUGAGAUUAGACUUUCCAAGGACUCUGCUGAGCUUCCAAGGAUUGGGGUGCCCCAUAUGGACAGGUGAAGGAGACAGGGAGAGAAUGAGGGAGAGAAAGAAGAAAAGAGAUUUCUGGUUGACAACCUCUUAGAAGAGGCUGUGGAUUCGCAGCCUGGCCUCCCCAGAUGUUUGGCUACCCCCACUCCUUCAUCUCAGAUUUGCCUUCAAACUGGGAUAGAGAAGGACAGGGUCUCAGAGAUGGUGGAAGGGACAGAAAUCGCACCUCUGGUCUCCAAAGAUCAGUUUCCUGCCCCCCCCCCCCCGCUGCAUUGCCAUAUUUCAAAGGGAUUUUCCACACAACAGUUUAAGGUCGUGGGGGGACCUGGGCUUGCCGGUCACUUCCAGCCAAAGUUGUGUCUCCCAGGACACCUCCUCCGGUCUGCCACCCACGAGCACAUUUCUGUCCAGAAAAACAGCGUCUUCAUACUCUCCUUAGUGAUGGCAUAUCUUACAUUAAAGAGAAUCAUAAUCGGGGGAGGGACAAGUGCUGUACAUAUGCGGAGAAGCUGGGAGGCGCCACAACCGCCACCCACAAAUCUUUUUGUAAUCAUUUCCAGACACCUCUUACUUUCUGUGUAGAUUUUAAUUGUUAAGGGGGGGGGGUGUUUGUAAGCGAAGGAAGAACACGGAGCUGGGAAGCCCCUGGGGCUGGCCUGGUGGAUUUAGCAAACUUUCCAUGUGCGGCUCACCCACAAGAAUGGAAGCUGUGGUUUUUAAAGAGUCCAGUGACGUAUUUAUUUUCUCAUUUAAGUUAUUUAUGCCAACGUUUUUCUUGUAGAGAAUGACAGUGUCAGUACCGCUUCGUGAAGCACAGUGUGUUUUUUUGGCGACCAGAGGCAUUGUUAAUAAAGACAAUGAAUCAUGA